GCCGCCGCUGUUGCCGCUGGUGCCGCUGCCGCCGCCGCUGCUCAUGAUCAUUAUUUUACCUUUUAAUUCUUUUUUUUCCGCUCUUGCCAAAUGCUUUGGCUCCAAGUUUCCUAUGUGUAUCUAUUGAUAUAAAUGUAUAUAUUUAUUUAUUCUAGCUGUCAGGUGUUAAAAUAAAUGCCGAAGAUUAGUCCCAUGUCUCUCCCACUCUAGGAUAUAGAUUUUUAUGUAUUUGUUAUUUGAUUCUUGUUGUCUGAGUGAAUCGGCCGGUUUGGGGAGGCUUUUGCCACCCUCCCUUGUGUUGUUUUGGUUUUUUAAAAGGAGGUGGAGGAGAGGAAGGAGGACAGUUAGGGGGCGGCCUGAGCAGAGAGGACGAGACAGUGUUUGGGGGGUAUUUGGGGCAAGUCUCGGGGCUGUCUGGCCCUAGACCGCGGAGAGGACGCGCGCUCGCGCUCUCGCCCUCGCUCUCGCUCUUUCUGCUGCCUGCUUGCGUACGGCUUGUGAUCUCGCUGGAUUCGUGCGGCUGUGUUUUCCCCUCUUUUCUAGCUUGCAAACUGCCUUCCUUGCUAACCUCGCUCCUGCCUCGGCUUCCCUCCGUCCCUCCACCUUGCCCUGGCCUCUUCAACCAUCCCCUUCCCGUCCUUCUUAGUAACUCCGGGAGGCGAGGAGGGAGACCGCCCGCUCGCUCGUCCCGCUGGCUCUCUUCCACCGGCCUCGGUCCUCUAGAUUCACUGCCUCCGAGCCGAGAUUUUGAAGGAAAAAUGCAAUCGAACUCCUCGGUGGCUUUUAAUUUUUUUUAAUCCCCUUAAAAUCCGGAUGAAGUAUAGUUUCUACUUUUUCUGUUCAGAGCCGUGAUCUUCCUAACGAGAUGCGAGUGUUUUGGUGUCCCCUUUCCCUGUGUUUUGGGGGAGGUUUAGCUUGCCUGGGGGCGGGGAUGUUGAAUACUUUUGGAAAUUAUUCUUUCUUGGUUGCAGACAAGGGAGUCGGAAACACCGCGCGCUCCUUCUCCCAUCCUAAGGAGAGAAGCUGAUGGCGGGACGGGGAUUUGGGGGUGGGAGGUGGUCAAGGGGUACGCGUUUGCACCUGCGGUGCUGUUCAGUGUGUGGGGACUCCGGGAACCUUCACCAGACAGCCUAGCAGAGAAGGAAGGUGGCGGGAUUUCUUGGCGGUCGCGGUGUUUGUAUUUUGGGUACUGCGUGACUUGGUGUUAGCUCCCAAUGGCUGUUCCCCCUGGUUCCUAAAUUUUAUUUUAUUUUUCCUAUGGUGCAGUCUUUGUAAAAUGACAACGGCGGGCCGGAAAGUGGCCAACAUUAGGCUUUACGUUACCGAGGUCCUUGCACUGGGCGAGGGGAAAACAAAACAGCCCCAGCCCGCGUUCCUACGUGCAAGACCCGGGAGGAGAGAACACUUUGUGGACCUGGCCGGGCGACCCGGCGCAGGAGGAGGGGGCGCGGGCGCGAAAGGGAGAUCUUUGUGAGUGAUUUUGCAAAAUCGGAAUGUGCGGUUGGUUGGAUUUGCAACCUGUGGCUCUUCUCGAGGGAGUAGGAAUGGGAGAAGGCGGCGGCGGCGGCGGCCCGGGGCGGGAGCUGGUUGGGAGUUGGAGCCUCGGAAGUCGGCUGCUCCCGGCGACAGCUGGAGCGAGGGGCCAGCCCGCUGCCGGCUGUAGUGACCUGAUCAUGGUUUUAAGCAAAAUUUUGGACUGUGAAUCAAGGCAUUGGGUGAAGACAAAAUGGCCUCGCCGGCUGAUAGUUGUAUCCAGUUCACCCGCCAUGCCAGUGACGUCCUUCUCAACCUUAAUCGCCUCCGGAGCCGGGACAUCUUGACUGAUGUUGUCAUAGUGGUGAGCCGUGAGCAGUUUAGAGCCCAUAAGACAGUCCUCAUGGCCUGCAGUGGCCUGUUCUACAGCAUCUUCACAGACCAGUUGAAAUGCAACCUGAGUGUGAUCAAUCUGGAUCCUGAGAUCAACCCCGAGGGGUUCUGCAUCCUCCUGGACUUCAUGUACACAUCUCGGCUCAACCUGAGGGAGGGCAACAUUAUGGCCGUGAUGGCCACAGCUAUGUACUUGCAGAUGGAGCAUGUCGUGGACACUUGCCGGAAGUUUAUCAAGGCCAGUGAAGCAGAGAUGGUUCCUGCCAUCAAGCCUCCCCGUGAAGAGUAUCUGAACAGCCGGAUGCUGAUGCCCCAAGACAUCAUGGCCUAUCGGGGCCGCGAGGUGGUGGAGAACAACCUGCCACUGAGGAACCCCCCAGGGUGUGAGAGCAGAGCCUUUGCCCCCAGCCUGUACAGUGGCCUGUCCACACCGCCAGCCUCUUAUCCUGUGUACAGCCACCUCCCUGUCAGCAGCUUCCUCUUCUCCGAUGAGGAGCUGCGGGAUGCCCGGAUGCCUGUGGCCAACCCCUUCCCCAAGGAGCGAGCCCUCCCCUGCGAUAGCGCCAGGCCGAUCCCUGGGGAGUACAGCCGGCUGGCCAUGGAGAUCCCCCACAGUGUGUGCCACAGCAACAUCUACUCACCCAAGGAGACGGCCCCAGAGGAGGCACGGAGUGACAUGCACUACAGUGUGGCCGAGGGCCCCAAGCCAGCUGCCCCCUCGGCCCGGAAUGUCCCAUACUUCCCCUGUGACAAGACCGGCAAGGAGGAAGAGAGACCCUCUUCAGAGGAUGAAAUUGCCCUGCACUUCGAGCCCCCCAAUGCACCCCUAAACCGGAAGGGUCUGGUUAGUCCCCAGAGUCCCCAGAAGUCCGACUGCCAGCCCAACUCGCCCACAGAGUCCUGCAGCAGCAAGAAUGCCUGCAUCCUUCAGACCUCUGGCUCCCCUCCAGCCAAGAGCCCCACGGACCCCAAAGCCUGCAACUGGAAGAAAUACAAGUUUAUUGUGCUCAACAGCCUCAACCAGAAUGCCAAACCGGAGGAGCCCGAGCAGGCCGAGCUGGGCCGCCUUUCCCCUCGAGUCUACCCUGCCCCACCAGCCUGCCAGCCGCCCAUGGAGCCGGAGAACCUUGACCUUCAGUCCCCAGCUAAGCUCAGCGCCAAUGGGGAGGACUCCACCAUCCCUCAGGCCAGCCGGCUCAAUAACAUUGUCAACAGGUCUCUCACAGGCUCCCCCCGCAGCAGCAGCAGCAGUGAGAGCCACUCGCCCCUCUACCUGCACCCCCCGAAGUGCACGUCCUGCGGCUCUCAGUCCCCACAGCACACGGAGAUGUGCCUCCACACCACCGGCCCCACGUUCCCCGAGGAGAUGGGAGAGACCCACUCUGAGUACUCGGACUCCAGCUGUGAGAACGGGGCCUUCUUCUGCAAUGAGUGUGACUGCCGCUUCUCUGAGGAAGCCUCGCUCAAGAGGCACACGCUGCAGACCCACAGUGACAAACCCUACAAGUGUGACCGCUGCCAGGCCUCCUUCCGCUACAAGGGCAACCUCGCCAGCCACAAGACCGUCCAUACGGGUGAGAAACCCUAUCGCUGUAACAUCUGUGGGGCCCAGUUCAACCGACCAGCGAACCUGAAAACCCACACUCGAAUCCACUCUGGAGAGAAGCCCUACAAAUGUGAAACCUGCGGAGCAAGAUUUGUACAGGUGGCCCACCUCCGAGCCCACGUGCUUAUCCAUACUGGCGAGAAGCCCUAUCCGUGUGAAAUCUGUGGCACCCGUUUCCGGCAUCUUCAGACUCUAAAGAGCCACCUGCGAAUCCACACGGGAGAGAAACCUUACCAUUGCGAGAAGUGUAACCUGCAUUUCCGUCACAAAAGCCAGCUGCGUCUUCACUUGCGCCAGAAGCAUGGCGCCAUCACCAACACCAAGGUGCAAUACCGCGUGUCCGCCACCGACCUGCCCCCGGAGCUGCCCAAGGCCUGCUGA